AUGCAACGUAUACUUUUAUUGAUAUGCAUGAUUUGCACAAUUGUGAGAAUUUCAUUAGCAGUUACAUGUGAUACAAAUCCUUGUCAAUUAGCAGGUGAUUUUUUACCACCUAAUUAUCAAUGUCUUCAAGCAACAGAUAAUAUAAAUAAUGUUGUUUGUACAUGUCCUGAUGGUUAUUCGCAAAUAAAUACGCGUUGUCGUAUUUGUGAUACAAUUAAUUGUGGUUCUAAUGGUGUUUGUAUUGAAAGAUCAUUUUUUGAAAAUUUAUAUUAUGCUUGUGGAUGUACUAAUGCUACACAUAAUUUUCUUCAUCCAGGACCAUGUCCUAAUGCUAAUCCAAUAACAACAACAAUCUCUCCGAUUGGUAUUUGUCUUAACGGCGGCGUCUACAAUAGUAUAACAGGUACAUGUAUUUGUGCAAGUGGUUUUACAGGCACUUUAUGUGAAAUGACUGCUGGACAGACAACUUGUCAAAAUGUAGUAUGUGCUAAUGGUGGUGUUUGUAAUCCAAUACCUUCAACUGAAAACGGAGUCGAGAUGCAAUGUUUAUGUUUAAAUGGUAUUAAAAUUUUGAGUUUUGCUGGUGCAAAUUGUGAAUUAAUCGGUACUCCUGGUAGAUGUACAUCUGGUUUAUGUCAAAAUGGUGGCAUUUGUGAAGAAAGAUUAAUUGGGUCAGCAGUUUAUGCUUAUUGUCGAUGUCCACCGGGUAUAACCGGUCAAUGUUGUCAAACACCAUAUUUUACAUGUCCUAUGGCUGGUGUAUAUGCUGAUCCAAUAAAUUGUAAAUUUGGUGGAUAUUUUCAAUGUGUUGGUUAUGCUCUUACAAAACAAUCAUGCCCAAAAGGUCUUCGAUAUAAUUUUAUGACGAUGCGUUGUGAUGUGGCUGUUUCUUGUCCACCAUAA